CACAGUUCAUGCUGCCCUCUUCUGGAAAUCCUCCUCCUGGAAACUUGUUGCGAUUCUGCACUGGCAGAAACAGCUAGCAGUGAACAAGCCCGUGUCCAGCAGCAGAAACUCGUGCUCCGUCCACACACCAAUGAGAGGGACACUAAACUUACAAAUAUGCGCUUGGAUAUUGACUGAUAUUUAGUUUUUCCUGACUUUAUCGCCAACGCUGUGUGAAGCUAUCUGUGAUCUGAAGAGCGCAUUAAACUCUCGGCUAUGGAUCCUGACCGACAGAAACGAAGAGAGGAAAUUCAGAAAGCAAUGAGCUUUAUCCAGUCGUCGUUGCCUUUCCCAGAGCCAGAGAGUUACGAGGCAUUUCUGACCCAGCUGGUGUGUAACUUGCUGGACGAGGGCAACUCCUGCUUCCGAGAUGGGGACUGGCGUCAGGCGAGCCAGCAGUACGGGGAGGGGAUCAGUGUUGCCCGCUACGCUCAGGCUGAGGCCCUCGUCAUCCCCCAUGAGCUGCUGGAGAGCCUCUAUGUCAACAGGGCCGCUGCCCACUACCAGACGAGGGAGUAUGAGCGGGGCAUUCAGGACUGUGACAGCGCACUCUGCGUGUUGGAAGGCAGUCGCCGAGCUUUAUACCGCAAAGCGAUCUGUCUGAGGGAGUUGGGACGACUCAGAGAGGCCUACGAGUGUGGAACCAAAUGUCUCCUCACAGCACCACACGACAGGCAGGUAAGUGACCUGGCUCAGGAUCUGGCCAAUAAACUGGGCCUGAAAGUCCGUAAAGCUUACGUCAGCCCACAGACAGAGUCCACCGCCACAGAAGGAGAGAGUCAUGGGGAGACAUCCCCACCCACAGGAGAGAUGUCCUCCAAUGGGCUGGAAUCUCUGGGUGACAUUGGACAAGCGGACAUGUCUAAUGCGCAGUGCAUACCUGCUCCUUUGGCCACACCCAUCCCAGUCAGCGAUGACCCAGCGACACCCGUGGUGACCCCAUGCACUGACCUGUCAGAGAGCCCCAGCAGCCAGUCCCUGCCUCCAAUGCCGUACUCCGUCCCCGUGUCGGAGCACAUGGAGGAAUGCAGUAGCAGCGUCAUCAAGGACGAGCUAGACAGUCUGCUGGAUUGCAUCCCUAAGAAAGUCAGUGAGAAUCCAGUCCAGGGUGCUAUCCCCACCAACCUCCCCAACACAGCGGUAGGGCUGCGGCCUCCAUACUCCCCAAGCCUUCCAGCUCCAUCACCACAGCUUCCCCCUGCCUUCUUCAGCUCCCCCAUCAGUGACAUGCCCUCUCUGGAGCCUUACUCGUCGCUGGGCCAGCGGGACCAGGGCUCUACCCAGGCGCAGGACGCACUGGGAGGCUUCCCCACGGGGGCUACGGAUGGAGAAGGGAAGGCAGGAGUCGCUGCUGGCGGACUGGACUCGUUGUCUGAGUACACUCUCCCUGGGGGACGAGUGUGUCACAGCUUCAUCCCUGGAAUGCGCAACCACAGUGCUGCACAUGCAAAUGGUCCAGCAGGAACCAACCUGUCUCUGCUCUCCAGGAAUCCUCUGGCAGCCACACAUGAGUUUCGGCAGGCUUGUCAUGCCUGUUACAGCCGAAUAGGUCCACGGGUGAUGGAUUACAAGUAUCAGCCGGAGGCAGCUCACCGCUGCAAGAGGGAUGUGCUGCUGUGUCGCCUCAAAAACACAGAUGACCCCACUUGGAAGAGGAUCCGGCCACGUCCUGCACGUAACAACUUCCUUGGGGCGUUUGUACUCUGUAAAGAGGUGCAGGAGCGUCAGGAGUGCCAGUAUGGGGAGAACUGUACGUUUGCUUACUGCCAGGAGGAGAUUGAUGUGUGGACCCAGGAGAGGAAGGGCGCGCUGAGCCGAGAGCUGCUGUUCGAUCCGCUGGGCAGCACAGAGAGACGGGCGCUCAGCGUCACCAGACUGCUGCAGCUGCACAUGGGCAUGUUCAUGUUCCUCUGUGAGGAAUGUUUUGACAGUAAGCCUCGCAUCAUCAGCAAACGCAGCAAAGAAAACUUAGCAGUCUGCUCAAACCUCACAGCUCGACACCCGUUCGAUGACAACAAGUGCCUGGUGCACGUGGUUAGGUCAGCCAAUGUGCGCUACAGUAAGGUGCGUCCCCUGCACCCUCUCUGCCAGUUUGACGUGUGUCGCCAUGAGGUUCGCUACGGCUGCCAACGUGAGGACAGCUGCUCCUUUGCUCACUCCGUCAUAGAGCUUAAAUGCUGGGUCCUGCAGCAGGAUACUGGUAUCACCCAUGAAGAGAUGGUGCAAGAGUCCAAGAGACACUGGCAAAGGCUGGAGCAGAAUGCACAGAAGCAGCAGAAGCCUAUCCAUAUCCCCCAUCCGAGCAGCAGCAUACCUGUAGGAGGAGUCGGGGGAAUGGGGGGUGGGGGCGGAGGAGUAGGGGGUGAUGGCAUUGGCGGGGGUGGUGUGGGCCCAGUGGGUGGGGUGGGGGUGGGAGGGUUUGGAGCAGUGGCGGGAAGAGGGCGCCCCCUCAACUUGAAAAUGAAGUUUGUGUGCGGCCAGUGCUGGAGAGAAGGACAGGUCAAUGAGCCCGACAAGAACCUGAAGUACUGCACCGCCAAAGCACGGCACAGCUGGACGAAGGAGCGUCGGGUCCUGCUGGUGAAAUCAUUUGAGAAGAAGAAGUGGGUUGUUGUUCGGCCUCUGCCCUUCUCUCGCACAUAUCCACAGCAAUAUGACAUGUGUGUGCAUGUGAUGAAGCAGAAGAAGUGCCACUACAUUGGGAAUUGCUCAUUUGCUCACAGUCUGGAGGAGAGGGACGUCUGGACGUACAUGAAGAACAACAGCUUAAGGGACAUGCAACAGAUGUACGAACUGUGGCUGCAGCUCACCAAUCAGAGUAGACGCACAGAUAGCUCUGCAGUGACCCCCCCCCCGGAGGACAAGCAGGUCACCAUAACAGCAGAUUACACAGAAAGCAUGGGAGGCCAGCGGUUGUCGGACGGGGACGAUCUCUGAGAGCAACUGUGUGAACAGAGUCAGCUGAUUGCCGCUGAACUGCGGAGACAGAGAGACAGGCCUGCCAUACCAGCCACAACCGAACAGUCUGUCAUCUUUCCAGUCUGACCUCCUCUAGCAUCUAGCCAGCAGUGUGAGAGCAGAUUGACGUGCAACAAAAUGGUUGACCCCACCCCCUUAAAUAUAUAUAUAUAUAUAUAUAUAUAUAUAUACACACACGCACACACACGCAAACACUCUGACACAGCACAUGAAACACAAUCACAGGCACCGGUUAACACAAAGAGAAAGCUCUGUAAGUGAAAAUACAGUACUUGGCUUUAGCGUUGUUUUAAUUGAUAUCAUGCUGCAGUUACACACAGCAUCUUUAGGUUCCCCUUCAGCAGAUCAUACCGCAGAGAUUCCACAGACAACUAGUUUUGCUCUGACUAAAACAAUCAACUAGUAUUCCCUAGUGCUCUUUGGACUGAGUAUCUCUUAUUAUUAUUAUUUUUGUGUCUAAAUCCUCGCAGCACUGAAACAAUUCUUAGGUGGGGCUCGCUGGUCGUUGCCCUUAAAUUACGCUUGGUGGUAGUUUGAAACUGAAUUGAAGCUCGGGCACUCGUACGCUUAAAAGUUCGAAUUUUAACUUUGGAGUGCCAAAAAUACCAAGCCCUCAAUGCUGUCGAUGGCUAACAAGUCUGAAGAAACUAUGAAGCAUUAUAAAAAGAGGUUCUUGGUCCUUGUUGGGCUGCAUGACAACCAAAUCCCACUCUCCUUCCUUCUUGGAAAUAUAGUGAGAGGGUCAAAGUAAUUUCUGGAGAUGAGCGAUUUUCAGCGCAAUGUUUAUUUUUUUUUCAAUGGGAGUUGUACUUCCUUGUUGUAUUGUCUGCCAUAUUGGUAGAACGCUAUGAAUGUAAUGCCUGCAUGGGCCUUUAAAACUAGGAAAUUAGUCAUUUAAAACAUUGCUGUGGUUGUGGAAUGUAUGCAAGUAUAUUUACAUGCCCAAAAACAAACUUGUGUAACAUGACAGUUUUACCCCUCCCCCUCCUCUUUAUUGAUUAAGAAAAGGACCCUUGAUAGCUGGUUGUGUAAUCAUACCAACCAUUCGUGCAUGGGAACGAGCACAGACGCACACACAAUUACACAUUAACCCCGUAGUUGCUGCCGGCUGAUGUCCAGGUGAAUCAAAGCAUGCGUGAAUGUCAGCUUCUUCUCAGGUUGACAAAAAGAGGGGGGGAUAAAGAAUUUCAGUUACCUGUGGCUAAAGUACACAUGGCUAAUGGCUCAGAGCAAUUGUUGCCAAAGCGACCAAGGUGCUAUUCACCAUCACGUACUUUAAACUGUAUUGAUAAGCAGCUGACCCGAGAAGUGACUGCAGCGCGUGCACACACGGAUUUCCUGGCUAGAGCAGCUCUCAGCAAUAGAUCAGCUCAGACCGCAGAUGCCCAUUUGAAAAAGAAAAAAUUAUGACCCCACUUGGACUGAGGAACAGUGAAAAUACUGACCGUGCAGAAGACUUGAGUUUUGUAAUAAUUAAAGGGAAAAAAAGCUGUCCAGGUGAUGAUGAUAGAUAAUUUAAUGAGUGAGAAGCUGGUAGAAAAUGAAAGAAUUGAAGAUUAAGAUUAGACUGUAUUUUUCUAUAGUUUAUUGUGAGGAUAUUUAAAAUGAUUUGAAAGUAUGGGCGAGUUGCCACUUCUUCAGUUGGAACUGGGGUCAUUAUUUUACUGAAAACCAAUCAUGCCCCCACCGCCUUCAAAUGGAAACCUGUGUUCCUCAUAUGCAUCCAAGUGUUACGUUCCUGAUAGCUAACGGUAGCCCCUAAGAUUAGCCCUUUCACUAUGGGAAGACCUGCUAGCUUUAGACAGGGAAAUGAUUCGCACCCCAUAUUGUGCCUAUAAACAAACACAUCAACAUGUGACACAAACACGCGCACACACAUACACACACACACACACACACGAACAGGCAGAAUAUCUGUUGCCAUCUUAUUCUAGCCUUUAAUGUGGAUGGAGACACGAUGGAGGUAUGUCUAUAUUCAGAUACAUAUACAGACAUAUUAUACAUAUUUACAAAUAAUGCUAUACUACUAAUAAUAAUUGAUAACUUAGCGGUUAAGCUUAAUAAAUAUAUAACCUGAGAACCUGUAUUGAUUACAUAGGAGAACUUCUUGUUAUUGAGGUAUUGCUAUAUGACAUGUAUCGCUGAACUAGAUGACUAUAGUGAAUUAUUUUUUUUUUUUUUUUUGGGUUCUUUUAUUUUGUAAUUUUUCCUUCUGUGUGGGUUGUUCCAGACAUGGUAUGAAUGAAGGCUACAGCAGAGAUUGAUUUUAAGUUUAAUGCUGAAUUUGUAGAAAUGGACUAGACUGAGGGUUAAAUCUUUACACUGAGCAGGGGGCUAGAAAUCCAGUGAGUAACUACCCAGCUUGAGAGGUUUUGUUUUAGUGCAGCAGAUGAACUGGAUGUACAGAAUAUGGAAAUGUUCCUGUUCUGCAAUGUGUGCUGCACUUUUAUAUUUUAAGUAUGAAAUCUAAUUUUCCUGCCCAGAGGGACCUCGGCUCAGUGCUUAAAAUCACCAAACAACUUGAAUUCCCAAAAAUAUUUACUGAAGAUCAUUCAUCUGUCAAUUAGAGCAAAUUGUUAAUGGAGGGGAGUGCUGAGAACAGAAAUGUACCGAUAGAGAUCUUAAAAACCACAGCAUAGUCUAACUCAGUGGAUAAAUAGAAAAGGGUCCUAAAACCUGACUUCAUGCCUCAUUAGAUUUUAGACAAACACAUUUAAAAUGCAGAUCCCAGGUCAGUUUUGCUGGUCACUCGGCAGUGGUUUUGGGGAUUGCUGGUAAUGAGCCCUUGUCUGGAACAACUCAGCUAAUAGCUUCUCUGAGGGAUCGUAUUACUACUACUCCUAGUAUUAUGAUGAAUAUGAUGACGAUAAUGAUUGCUAUCUAUUGACUAUUUCUAUUUCUUCUCUAUAUGCUAUUGAUAUAUGUAUGUUAAUUGCAAUGUAUAACUCUCUUUAUAUAUGUAUCCAUGUAUGAAUAUAAUAAUUGACAGUAAAUAUGCGUCUGUGUAUGCAGCAGUGCACAGCUCUGUCUGGGAGGCAGUGAGCAGGAAACGUCCAGCUUCUGAUAUUAAAUGUAAGGCUGUUGAGUUUUUAAUGCUACAGGUGGCGAUGUCAGUUGUCAGCUACCAACAGCUGGAGGUUAUCUGUGGUACGAGACAUUUUACGCAGUACGGCAGACCUGCUGUUUGUUGGCCUUUGGGAGAAAAAAAGAAAAAAAAGAUAGUUGAUGAUUGAAGUUUACAGUGUAUAUAUACUGUUAGCUGUUUGCCCUUUGCUGUGUUGGUCCUACAAACAGAGCUCGCUGCUCACUGCCUGUGCUGUGCGUUUUUGUUUAAAUUGAUUCACCAGGCAAAGACAGAUCUGGAAACAAAAGCAUACAUAGUAGCCUAUAUACUCCCGUAUAGCGCCUUAUUCGAUAUACUACACCUAUAAGAUGAUACAUACCCCUAUUGUAUAAUCCUGCUUACUAUAUACAGUAUAUGAUACCUGAUACCUAUUAUAAUAUUAGACACCCUUAUAAGGUAAUUUAGAUAAGAGAUGGUGGAGCUGUUUUUUUUUUUUUUUCUGUGGCUGUGGAAGAGUUUGCUGUGGUCAGUAAAGUGUUUCCAUCUUGUUUUUUAGGGUGUAUGGAGAGUGCUGCACACUCAAAUGCUCCUCAUCAUUCAAUUAUUUUCAUAUCAGGAUAUUUGAAAAGCAGCUGGGAUUAAAAAUGUACUUGGUAAAUCUUAAUUUUGUCUGAAAAAGUCAGUGGUAAAAAACCCAAAGUUGAAAUUUAAUUUUAAAAUUCCAGUUGGCUUCAUUCAUUCAUAAAAUUUUGAAUAUGGCUGGCAUUUUUAUACACAGUGAGUGAAAAGUCGGGGAAAAAAUGUCCAUCCAUGUUUAAAUCCUGGCCUUGUAAGACACGUCGGAGUAAACUGUAAAAUAACAUUUUAAAAAAAGCAGCAAAGCAUUUGCAGACAGGCUCCUCCUUACAUAAUGAUGUAACUGACACGCACAGAAAAAAAAAAGAGAGAACCGGAUAGCUGUACUGCAUGUUCUGCAUGUGUUGUCGGAGGCAGGGGAAUUGUGACACAAACUCAAGGAGAGACAGGUUUCUGCUACUGUAUCUGUACACGUGAUCGAUCUCACGUACUCAUUCGUCUACAUUGGCUCAGGUUUUCUGUCUUAAACUUGUUUAUUCGUUGUCUGACAAAAGUGUCUUUUGUCUUAAUCUGACUUGACUUUGUAGAUCAGUCCUGGUUAUUACAUCCUGCUGCGGUUUAAUGAAAUUAUACGGUUCUUAACUGUGAGAUAAGUGUCUGCUCAACAGAUAUCCACGUGGCACAUGUUGCCUUUCCCCUCUUGACCCCCAAUACAGUUUGUGUCAUUUGAUCCCCAGCACCAACACACACCCACACAGCCACAAAAGAAUCUUAAUUUAUCGGUUUUCAAUCAGUUGGAAAUUAUUGAUUAUUUGGAUUGUUUUCAACAACUCGGAUGAGGAAACCAGGGUUGUAAGAAGUGGAAAAAACAAGGCCUCUUUUUGUACUGUAUUUUUACAUUUCGUUGUUUUAUGUUUCGUUUUAUCCUCUUGACUUUGUUUUCUCUUUUCUCCUCCCUGGUUGGACGUUCAUGAUCACAUAAGUGGACCAAAUCUCUUGAAAGCAUUUAAUAAACAGACUGUUUUAGAAAAUAA